ACCUUUACUUUUCUAUUACUUAUUAGAUAUCAAUAAAAUAUAAAAAUAAAGCCAGGAGAGAGAUCAAUCCCACUUCACUUGAAUUAACCUCUUCUCCCUAUUACACCAUGGCUCCAAAAAUCUGGGAUAUUCUCUCUGAAACUAAACGCAUAAUAGUAGCUCAACCUCGUCACUACCUCACCCUCUCCCUUAUCUUCCUCUUACCCCCUUCUUUCGUCUCUCUUCUCCUCAACAUCCUUGUCAAAAACAUUCAACAAGCCACCUACCCCAUUUUAAUCUUCACCCUAGUUUCUAUCCUCCUCCUCCUCAUCUCUUCCAUCUUCACCUUAUGUGCCGUCAUCUCCAUCACUUACAGCGUCUACCACUCCUUUUUCAAUCAACCCAUCAAACUCAAAGAAGCCUUCAAAUCCAUCUCCACUUCCUUCUUCCCCUUACUCGCCACCGACAUCAUCAUCUUUGCCAUUUUCUUCGUUGUCCUUCUUCUAUUUGCACUUCUCAUUGGAGCUGCCUCGUUUCUCAUCACUUAUGUAGCCGGUGUUGACCUCCAAGCUCACUCUUUCUUGAUUGUGGUUUCUUUGAUGCUUGUUUUCCUAAUUUUUAUGCUGUAUUUGGGAGCUCACUUGAGCUUAGUGAAAGUUAUUGUGGUGGUGGAAUCGUGUUGGGGUUUGGAACCGUUGAGGAGAAGUUGGAAAUUGGUGAAAGGAAUGAAGAGGUUGAUUCUGAGAACAUUGUCCUUGAUUGGGUCCUUGCAAUCGAUGUUGGCGUGGUUAACCAGUUAUAGCUGGAUAUUGAUUUUAGUGAUUUCUCCAAUAGUUGCUAUGCUUUGGCUUUACAGUAUUGCGGUUCUUACGGUGUUGUACAUAUACUGCAAGGAGGAAAAUGAGAAGCUAGCAGAUGAAGAAUUUGGGAAGGAAAAGGAUGAAGCUAGGUUGCCCUUAAUUUCAUCUUAGAAUUGGUCAAAGUUGUGGGUUUUGGGUUUGACUCAGUUAUGAUUUUUCUUCCUACAAAUUGUUUAUUGUACUAUCCUUCUUUGUUUUGAUCUUCUAUAAAAUGACUAAUUUUUCAAUUUGUUAGUAAUUUAAUAUCAUUUUACAGACCAAUAAAAGGAUGAUGACAUAAAACCUAAGUUUGAUGAAAAAAUAUAG